AUGGGAAAGGAUAAUGUAUCUUCACCCCAUCGUAAUGCUGAAAAGGCAUGUGAGGAUUUGAUGAACCAAACACAACAUAUAUCAAGGAGAUUUGAUAUUUUUAAUGAUGAACAAGUUGCAACUAAUCGUCUUCGAUUGAAGGCUCACAUACACGUGGUGUUAUUACUUGCACUUCAAGGAAUUCCGUUUAGAGGUCAUGAUGAGAAAUCUAGUUCAUCUAAUCGUGGCAAUUUUCUUGAAUUUUUGGAUGUGCUGACCAUGUACAAUGAUGAACUUUCAAAGGCAAUUGCGAAAGCUCCAAAAAAUGCCAAAUAUACAAGUCACGAUAUUCAGAAACAAAUACUUCAUGUGCUUUCGAUGAGAGUGAAAAAUACAAUUCGUGAAGAAAUUGGAGUUGCCAAGUAUUGCAUAAUUGUUGAUGAAGCCCGAGAUGAGUCAAAAAGAGAGCAAAUGUCUAUAGUAUUGAGGUUUGUGGAUAGUAAUAGAUUCAUUCAAGAACGUUUUUUUGGCCUUGUUCAUGUAUCUGAUACUACGGAUUUAACUUUAAAGGAUGCUAUAUAUUCUGCUUUGGCUCACUACAAUUUGGAUGUUCAAAAUAUUAGAGGUCAAGGGUAUGAUGGUGCUAGUAAUAUGAGGGGCGAGUUUAAUGGAUUGCAAGCUUUGAUUAUAAAAGAUUUUAAUAUUGUUGGUUCUUCAUGUAAGCGUAAUGAUGAAUUGAAGAAUGCUCAUGCAGAUGAUAUUGCAUAUUUGAUUGCUAUUAAUGAACUCGAGACAGGGCGUGGACUUAAUUAG